AAAAGUUAAAAACUUCUCAGUUUUCACAGAGUCUCUCUCUCUCUCUCUCUCUCUCUCUCUCUCUCUCUCGUCUGCCAUCUCUUUCUCGUCGAAACCAAAUUGGAGCUCAGAUUCUUUAGCUCUGAGCAAAAUAAAUCCGCUCCCCACGGAUGGGUUCCAGUGUCUCCCUUCAAUUCAGUGAUUCAAAGUUUUGUUUUGUGCGUGGGUGUGAAUUUGACUUAGGGAUUUCAGGGAGGAAAGAUUGAAAGAAUCGGGGGCGAUGGAGAAGGAGCUGGUGGAGGGGUUUGAGGAGGUGAUGAAGGCGGCGGAACCCGCGAAAUCGUGUGACGGAGAUGCCGAGGAAAGCAAUUCCUUGAGCCUUGGCCCGGUUGGGGAUUACAGGUUGCAGUAGUGAAUUGGCUGUGUUCUAUGAAAAUGUUCUGUUUGAAGGCUUCAGCUAGUAACUCAGACGGCGAGGACCGCAAGUUGACAAGAAAGGAGAAGGACGGAGGAUGUAAGAUCGAGUACACUACUGAAAAACCAGCCACGCCAUUGCUGGACACAAUCAAUUACCCAGCUCACAUGAAGAAUCUAUCAACACAGGAUCUCGAACAACUAGCAGCAGAGCUCAGAAUGGAUAUUGUUCACAGUGUUUCACAGACAGGUGGGCAUCUCAGUUUUAGCUUGGGUGUGGUGGAGCUAUCAGUGGCAUUGCAUCAUGUGUUCAGCACCCCUGACGAUAAAAUCAUAUGGGAUGUUGGUCAUCAGGAUAUCCAAGUUAGAAAAAAGCCAGGAUUGUCCACUGAUGACAUAUUCGAUACGGUUUGUGCUUUUUGUGAUAAUGGUGGCAGCCUUUUGUGUUGUGAAGGGCGAUGCCUAAGGUCCUUUCAUGCAACUGUAAAGGACGGUGAGGGCUUUACUUGUGAAUCUCUUGGAUUUUCCCAGGAUGAAGUAGAUGCAAUUCGAAAAAUUGAUUUCUACUGCAAGAACUGUCAAUAUAAACAGCAUCAGUGCUAUGCUUGUGGGAGGUUAGGAUCCUCGGACAAAUCUUUAGGUGCUGAGGUCUUCCCCUGCACUUCUGCAAGGUGUGGUCAGUUUUAUCAUCCUCAUUGUAUUGCAAAAUUAAGAUAUCAUGAGACCGGAGUUUCUGCAGAAGAACUUGAGAAAAGAAUUAUGCUGGGGGAAUCUUUUACAUGUCCAAUUCACAAGUGCUGGUUUUGUAAGCAAGGAGAGAAUAAGAAGGAUCCUGAAUUGCAGUUUGCUGUGUGUAGGCGUUGUCCUACAUCCUACCACCGUAAAUGCUUGCCACGGGACAUUCGUUUUGCAAAAGGCAAGGAAGGUGAUGAGGAAGACAUGGAUACAAGAGCUUGGGAAGGUCUAUUACCUGACCGUGUGCUAAUAUAUUGCAUGUACUUGCAAAAGCACAGCUUUGACUCUAUGUUUAUUCUGAAGGCAUUCACUUACAAACAUUGUUCUAAAAGUUCAUCAAGUGAUAAUAUCUACAGCCAAUCCAAGCAGAGCACAACAUGGUUUUUCUAUUUGAACCCUUCACUGUCAAGAAAUCAAAUAUACUGUAAACAAUUAGAAUGCUAGUGUAGUCUAUCCCAAAUACUCAAUAUCUUGAAUUAUCCUCAUUUGUAAUCAAGUGAUUUGAGAUUGUAUUGAAUUGAAUAUUGCUAGUUUGAAGAUCGUUUUGGUUG